AUCCGUCAGUCCCACUCGCGAAGAGUCUCAGGAUCCAGGGGACGAAGGCGAAAGGAAAAAAUACGGGAUAGGAAGAGAAGUCGAUGGGGUAAACGUGUGGAUGCACAUCAUCUCUCGACAUCCGCCCUCGCCUCGUCUUGCCCUCGGUGCUAGUCGCUUGGUUGGCCUCGCCUCCCCCUUUCCACAUUUUCUUGCCUCUCGCCUCCUCCUACCUGCACCAUCCUUUCCCUCUCCCCUGGGUUACAUGCGCUCUCAUCUUUGCUGAUCCCGUCUUGCCAUAUCGCUUAGGGGUGCGAGAUAACGGUUGCAUUGCAGGACGGAGGCGUUGCUGACCAAGAUCGUCCGCCUUUCUGUUUGAAACCCGCCCGGUCUUUAUCCUUCUUUCCAGUCUCGCGCUCCGGUUGGCCCUCUUUUCGUUUUGCUUGUUGAUACUCUCAUCCUGCCAAGACAUCUCUGCUUUCACCCAUAUUCUCUUUGCCUUCUUCCUCGCGCCAGGCGCGCCAUCGACUACAAUCUUUAUUAAUUUUGAAACAUUUGCUCGGCGUCACCUUUUUACUGUUUCUUUUUGCUCAAUAUCUUCCCAUCAUGCACGGCUAUCCCCCCAAGAUGUCGAACCUUUACCAGUCAGUCCCUCAUGACGAGGAGGGUAGCCUCACCGGGGAUAAAGAGGGCGUCAGGACAAGGAGAGUGCGAGGGGUUUUGUCCGAAGUGAUAGAGCGUGGGCGUACGCACUGGACCUGGAUUGCCCAUGCCGUUCUGCUCUCAGCGUCCCUCACAAUGCUCACAUUGUCCCUAUGCUCAAGGGGCGCCAAGGUUGACGACCUGACAUUUACAAAGAAGUACUCAUCUUGGUCACCCGCCGCGCCCGCGGUCAGGUACGAGACGGUCAAGUUCAACCUCACGCCCGUGGUCGACAGCCCGUACGUAGGCUACGGCGAGGAGGUCGACAAGGCAUGGGACUACAUUGCCAACGAUGUUGGAGACCAGAUGAUCUCUGAAGAGGAGGCUCUGCGUAUGGGGUCGCCGCUCAACUCCCUCAAGGUGAAAGACCCCAAGACAGGCAAGGAGGGCUACAGGGUUGGCGUGGAGGUUUUCCACCAGCUCCACUGUCUCAACCUGCUGAGGCAGGGCCUUUACAAGAACUACUACAAGGAUCUCCACGGCGACGUUGGUGAUGCUUCCGGAAAGGCUCUCCACGGCCAUCUUGACCACUGCAUCGAGGCGCUGCGCCUGAACCUGAUGUGCCAGAGCGACAUCGGCAUCUUCACCUUCCGGCUGUUCCCCGAGUACGGCCUCGCCGACGACGAUUGGUGGCCCGACUUCAGCACCAAGCACACGUGCAGGAACUUUGAGGACAUCAGGAAAUGGGGCAGGGACAACACGGUAUCGUGGGACCAUAACGCAUAGGACGCUGUAGAUUUAGAUGUGCUUGUCAUAGGACAGCAGCGGGAGACACAGACCCCGCUGCAAACAGGCUUCGCGCCGUACUGAUAUAUUGGCUUGUUCAUGAUCCGCAGCCUGUCAAAGUGUUGACCGA